AAUCUAGUUCUAGGACAUUCAAAAUUUAAGAGAAAAAAAGAAGAAGAUAAAAGCAAUACUAGCCAUGUCACAAAAUAAAGUGCUGAUCAAAAGGUCCACGUAAUAUAGACAAUCCACCAUCGUGUGGUUAUUAUGAAUUUGUAAUCCAAAUAACUUGUGCUAUAUAAAUUCUCACCCAACCUUCCCUAUACUAAUUUAACAAUCAGAGAUUUUUUUGAACAGAUUGUGAUCAAUCAGCUGUUUGAUUUUCAGAGUUGCCAAAAAUUUAAAAAAUGGCUAGCUCUGUCUCAACUGUUGUAACUGCCAACAAAGUAGUGUUGAGUUUGAACAACUCUGGUGCUGGAACUUCAGUUCCGAGCACAGCCUUCUUUGGCAAAACCUUGAAGAAGGUGAACACGAAGGGCGCUUCCAGCCCCAAGGUUUCAAACAGGAGCUUCAGGAUUACAUUUACAGCCCAACAACCAGAAAUAGACGAGAAGAAACAGACCGAACAGGACAGAUGGAAAGGCCUUGUCUCGGAUACGUCUGAUGAUCAACAGGAUAUUACCAGGGGAAAGGGUAUGGUAGACCCUCUCUUCCAAGCUCCUGUGGGUACUGGUACUCACCAUGCUGUCUUGUCAUCCUACGAAUACAUCAGCCAGGGUCUUCGUCAAUACAACUUGGACAAUACACUGGAAGGAUUCUAUAUUGCUCCUGCUUUCAUGGACAAGCUAGUUGUUCACAUCACAAAGAACUUCUUGAAAUUGCCCAACAUCAAGGUACCACUAAUUUUGGGUAUCUGGGGAGGCAAAGGUCAAGGAAAGUCCUUCCAGUGUGAGCUAGUCUUCCGUAAAAUGGGAAUCAACCCCAUCAUGAUGAGCGCCGGAGAAUUGGAAAGUGGAAAUGCAGGAGAGCCAGCAAAAUUGAUUAGGCAAAGGUACCGCGAGGCAGCUGAAAUCAUCAGGAAAGGAAACAUGUGUGUCCUAUUCAUCAAUGAUCUCGAUGCAGGAGCUGGUAGAAUGGGUGGAACUACCCAAUACACAGUUAACAACCAGAUGGUGAAUGCCACCCUCAUGAACAUUGCUGAUAACCCGACGAAUGUCCAGCUCCCCGGUAUGUACAACAAGCAGGAGAAUGCCAGGGUUCCCAUUAUAGUCACUGGUAAUGACUUCUCCACAUUGUAUGCCCCUCUUAUCCGUGAUGGCCGUAUGGAAAAGUUCUACUGGGCACCAACCAGGGAAGACAGGAUUGGUGUAUGCAAGGGAAUUUUCAGAACUGACAGCGUACCUGAUGAACACGUUGUAAGGCUUGUCGACGCCUUCCCUGGACAAUCUAUUGAUUUCUUUGGUGCUCUGAGGGCAAGAGUAUACGAUGAUGAAGUCAGAAAGUGGAUUGAAAGAACUGGACUCGAACAGGUUGGGGAAAGACUAUUGAACUCUGUUGAAGGACCUCCAGUAUUUGAGCAACCAAAGAUGACAAUUGAGAAGCUCCUCGAGUACGGAAAGUUGCUUGUUCAAGAGCAGGAGAAUGUGAAGAGAGUUCAAUUGGCUGACAAGUACCUCAAAGAGGCUGCACUUGGAGAUGCAAAUGCGGAUGCCAUCAACACGGGAAAUUUCUAAUGUUUGCUGAAACCUAAAGACAAUGUUUGAUAUUCAUUCCAAAUGUUUUAUCCAUAAGGUUGUAGAUGCCAAUAGCACUGAGAUAAUUAUUGCGUGGAUGCAGGAAACCAAGAGAAGCUCGCAACGAAACCUUGAUACACCUUUUACAAAUGAUGAAGGAACCUAUCUCUCUUCAAAUUUUCGAAGUACUUUGGUGGCAGUAGUUAUAGGAUACAAAUUGCGUAAUCCAUGAAAUCUGUUCAGUUUCAUUUAUAAGAUCAAACAAAGUUUGAGUUAUAUUUUUAU